AAUGUCUGGAGAGUUACCUAAAAUAGCUUCUAAGAGUUUAUUUUCCACCUAUGUUGAAAAGAAGAAUGCAGAAGAAGAAGCCAUAAAAAUAAGGAAUAGAAUUGAUUAAAUAAGACAAGAACGAGAAAAAAUAUUAAAGAGAAUAUAAGCUGAAGACUUAAAAGCAGAACAUAUUUAUAAACAUAGAUUGGAAUUACAAUUAAAAGUAAAUUCUACACUAAAAUGAUAGAAAGAAGAGAAGAUUAGACAGAAGGUAGAAGCACCCCCUCCAUUUUCUUUAAGUGUUUCAAGAGCUUAAAAAGAGACAUUAAAAAAAAUUAAAGAAGAAAUGCUAAAUAGAAAGAAAACUGAAAUAAAGGAAUUUAGAAGUUGGCAUCGAUAAGAUCUGACAGAAACAAAAAUAUAAAAAAGUUUAGAUCAUGAAACUUAUCGUUCUAAAGUCCUUUAAGGAAAGGAAGAAGAGAGAUAGGCUAAUUUAAAUACAUUGGCUAAGUUGAAAGAAAGAAGAGAUAGGAUUAGAUAUGAAGUGGAGGUUGAAAAAGAUAGAGUAUUAAGAGAGAUAAAUGAAUAUGAUUAGAAAAUUUAAGAAUUAGAAUAAUUAGAAUCAUUAGAAUUAGCAAAUUUAUAGAACACUCUCUAAAGAUAAAAUUAAGCAAAAGAAAAAGUUAAUUUGGCUUAAAGUCUUUCACCUAAAGAAUUUGAAGUUAAAUUUGGUUAUAAUUCUACAAAAAGCAAUUAAAAUUAAACAAGUUAAUGA